AUGCCCACAAGAAGGGUUCUUGGUAUUGACCUGUGCCUUUCAGGUCACUUGCAGGCGAGUGAUAACUUGGAUUACGUCUACGGCCUGCUCGCUGUGACUAAAGCUCCCAUCGUUCCAGACUACGCGAAGUCCAUAAGUGAAGUAUACUCGGAGUUUACAGAAUGGCUAGUGAAAGGAUCCAACCGAAUAUUGGGAACCAUCCCCCGUGGAACGCCGAAGGACGCAAGCCUAUGGACGGAAGCAAUAUUGGUACAGACUAUCAAGACAGUCUGUCAUAAGCCUGUUCCUCGGCAAGUGUCCCAAAAUCGAUUUAGUUUCGUUGAUAUAGUACUUGAGGAAUAUGGAAGAACAACUUAUUUUAACGGCAAGUCAGUUCUUGAGAUAGUAUGUUGCACAUGUCUCUUGAAACCGGAUGAUACCUACGACACAGACGAUUAUUUUAGACUCUCGGGAAUGAUUCAAUGUGCAUCGAUUGUUGAUACAUCUGUCUACGAUGAACACUCUGUUGAGAUUUUCCAAGAAUGGGAGUCUGCUUGCUAUCUCCUAUCGGAAAGGAGGAUGUUUAUCACUGAAGACGGCUAUAUUGGAUUGAUCGGAGAGGAAGUCCUGCCAGGGGAUGUAGUUUUCUGUGUCGCGGGAUGUCGCUAUUUUACGGUUUUACGUCCCAAAGACGACCACUACCUUUUCGUUGACAGUUGUUUUGUGAUAGGCCUCAUGGAUGGCGAGAUCAAAUACCUUUUGAAAGAAAGAAGAGUCAAGGCUGAGAUUAUCGAACUGAGAUGA